AUGUCCCAUGAUAAUAAAAAGAGGGGCGCGGCGGUGGGCACAGCGGGGGCCAGCGGCGGGGGUGAUCAACCCGGCUCCCUGCCUCCCAGCGACCCGCAGCUCAUCACGCUCAUCGUGGAGCAGCUCAAGAGCCGGGGGCUGUUCGACAGCUUCCGCAGGGACUGCCUGGCCGACGUGGACACCAAGCCAGCGUACCAAAACCUGAGGCAGAAAGUGGAUAAUUUUGUGUCGACACAUCUGGACAAACAAGAGUGGAAUCCUACAAUGAACAAAAACCAAUUGCGAAAUGGUCUGAGGCAGAGUGUGGUUCAGUCAGGCAUGUUGGAGGCUGGAGUGGACAGAAUUAUUUCUCAGGUGGUGGAUCCUAAACUAAACCACAUCUUCAGGCCACAGAUAGAACGAGCAAUUCAUGAGUUCCUGGCAGCCCAGAAAAAAGAAGCUGUGCCAGCACCACCCCCGGAGCUGGAAAGCCAGGACCCUCCAGCUCCAUCCCAGGAUGCUUCCUAAGGCUAUGCCUGGCACCUUUUGGAAGCGCCACUGAAUUAGUGGUGAAGAACAGAUACAGUUCAUAAGAGUACAAUUUCAGAAUGAAGACAGGGCAAGGUCAUCACUGACUUCAAGAUUCAGCCUUGACUGGGGGGCAGUAUCCAGAUUGAACAGGGAACAGGUUUGGUGUUAGGAAAGGUGAACCUGUAUGCCCCUUCACAGGCUGCUGUCUGGCUCGCCUGUCCCAAGGGGAUGACACCCUUGGGAGUGAACACUACAGAGACCCAAAGAAACACUACAGCAAUUUGGUGUUGUCCUGAAACAG